UGGUCUUAUCACAACAUCAACAGGGCGUUUCAGGCAGUGCUCAUACACACAUGCACACACACACACACGCACACACACAGUAGCAUUAGAAUCGGUCCACCCUGAAUGGGACAACAGUUCCUUUCCAUAGAGACAACAUGAAAUGUUGAUUUGGUAAAAAUGAACAAACCCAAAAUGGCCACAGAGAAAGGUGUUCCCAGUAACUCCAGGGUCCUGAUGCUCCUGGGUCAACUGGAGAGGAUGACUGGAGAGGCCAUGGUGAAGGAUGUUGAAACAGCACGACAGGUCACUGCAAAGAUACUUCAUCUCAUACAGACGCAGGAGAAGAGUGGAAAAGAGGUGAUGUCCAAAGGCUCCAGUGGCAUGGAGGUCAUCCUGGCUUCACUAGAGAACACCCGGGAUGUCCAGACCACCCUGAACAUCCUGUACAUUCUCAGUGAGCUGCUGUCUGUGGGCAGAGGUCGCAGGGUGGCAGUAUUUGUGUCUAAAGGAGGAACAGGAAUAUUAUUCCAGAUUCUGAUCACUGCCGGUAAAGAGUUGCCUCCUAGUGAGGAACUCAUGCUGCAGCUUCACUCACUGCUGGCAAAGGUUGGCCCGAAAGACAGAAAGUUUGGAGUGAAGGCGCGUUUGAGUGGAGCUCUGAACGUCACAGUCAACUUAAUGAAACAGAACCUACAGAAUACCAAACUGCUUCUGCCCUGCCUCCAAGUUCUCAGGGUUUACUCUACCAACUCGGUGAAUUCUAUUUCUUUGGGCAAGAAUGGAGUUGUGGAGCUUAUGUUCAAGAUUGUUGCUCCGUACAGCAAGAAGAACACCAGCCUGCUAAAGGUAGCUCUGGAUGCACUGGGAGCACUGCUCAAAUCCAAAACCAAUGCUCGCCGUGCAGUGGACGGCAGACAUGUGCCUGCCUUGCUUGCUCUGUACCUGGAUUGGCAUCGCAACGACACACGCCAUCGCCAUAUGCUAAUUCGCAAAGGGUUGCUGGUCUGCCUCAGGAAUAUCACCAACAUCAAGCUUGGCAGGAAGGCGUUCAUAGAGGCUGAUGGCAUGAGGAUCCUCUACAACUCAUCCACUGAGUGUCUCCCGGUGCGGACUCUGGAUCCUCUGGUCAACACUUCAAGUCUCAUCAUGAGGAAGUGUUUUCCUAAGAACCGUCUGCCUCUGCCCACCAUCAAAUCGGCCUUCCAGUACCAUCUGCCACACAUACCUGCUGUAGGACCUGUGGCACAGCUGUACAGCCAGCCUCCUGAGGGAAGAACAAGGCGUCAGCUCAGCGGCAAGCCCUUAAAGAAGGUGGAUGAUGUGGUGGAUGACAGUGAUGAUAAUGAGGAGACAGAGGCAGACACAGAGAACGAUUCUGAAAAUGAAGAGGAUGAGAAGGAUCAUUGCACUGCGAAUGAUGACAUAGAGACGGACCUAAACAAGCUACAUCCCAAAAAGACCCCUGGCCGUCCAUUCGAGGAGUUGAGAGUCUAUGAGAGAUUCUUCCUGGAGCUAUCUGAAGACUUUCAGGGGUAUAACUUUGAAUGCUCAAAGAGUGCCUCUACCACAUCUACAUCAUCAUCGUUCUCAUCAUCGGCCUCAAGUCGCUCCACUCGACCAAUCAUAGUGCCCACAGCUCAAGCCCUGUCACCAAAGCACGCCCCCAUACCGAGUUCUCAGGACGAUUGCCACCCUACCAAAGGACAACACACUCAGACGUCUCCCUCUGCUCCCGCUCUUACUCCCACUGCUCCUCUAACACCUGUCGAACUGGACACCAUCCACCUCACCAAGGACCAAGCCAAAAAAGAGGCGGCCCACAUUCCUUCCGCAGAUGGACAUGCGACCUUGUCCUCCCUCACCAGGCCUCCUUCUCAAGGGCAGAGGAUAGAACAGGAACUAGCACAUGUGUUGGAGUGUGUCUCUCUAGAAGAGGAGGGGGCUCUGAAUGCAGAAGAAGAAAUAAAGGGAGUCAAACAAGAGGGAUCUCCAGUCAAUGCCACGAGAACCAUACAGUCUCCUCUGCUCUUGGGAGGUAUCACAACACGUCGUGGGGGAGGAGGAGGCAGUAACUGGGGUUCAGAUUGUGGCUCAGAGGGCGCUGAAGACGAAGGAGGGGAAGGAGCAGUUCUGGAGGUGCCAGACACGGCACUGCUCCUCUCGCUGCAUGACCCUGACCUUUACGUGGCGAUGGUGAAGGGAACACACUCUGUACCCCAGUAUGCUGAAGUGGCUUACCCAGACUACUUCGGCCAUGUAGCCCCAACUUUUAGGGAACCCCUCGUGGAGAGAGUUUAUGGUGUACAGAGGUCUAAGAUAUUCCAGGACAUUGAGAGGUUGAUUCAUCCUAAUGAUAUCCUGGAUAAAGUAGUUUACGACCUGGACAUUCCCAGUUGUCCCGUGAUUGAAGACGAUGGCGAAUCGCUGAAGUUCAACUCUCAGUUUGAGUCUGGCAACCUCAGGAAGGCAGUUCAAGUUAGGAAAUAUGAGUAUGACCUUGUGCUGAAUUCAGACAUCAACAGUAAUCACUACCACCAGUGGUUCUACUUUGAGGUGAGCGGCAUGCGUGUUGGAACUACCUACCGCUUCAACAUCAUCAACUGUGAGAAGUCAAACAGCCAGUUCAACUACGGCAUGCAGGUGCUGAUGUACUCUGUGCAGGAGGCCAUUAGCGGCAGGCCUCGCUGGGUCAGAACAGGAACAGACAUCUGUUACUACAAGAAUCAUUUUGCGAGGAGCACCAUUGCAGCUGGUGGUCAGAAAGGAAAGUCCUAUUAUACACUGGCCUUCAGCACAAGCUUCAGCCAUAAGGAUGAUGUCUGCUACUUCGCCUAUCAUUACCCUUAUACUUACUCCACUCUUAAGAUGCACCUGUCCAAACUCGAGGCUUUGAGGACCCCUCAGAUCUACCUGAGGCACGAUGUCCUGUGCGAAACCUUGGGGGGAAACAGCUGCCCCCUUCUAACCAUCACUGCCAUGCCUGAGUCUAACUCCAAUGAUCACAUCUGUCAAUUUAGGAAUCGUCCAUUGAUGUUCCUGUCGGCUAGAGUGCACCCUGGAGAGACCAAUGCCAGCUGGGUAAUGAAGGGUACACUGGAGUUCCUGAUGGGCACAAGCCCACUGGCAGCCAGCCUGAGAGAGGCCUACAUCUUCAAGAUAGUCCCCAUGCUCAACCCUGAUGGCGUUGUGAAUGGAAACCAUCGUUGUUCUCUGAGUGGAGAGGAUUUGAAUCGCCAGUGGCAGAGCCCCAAUCCUGAGCUCCACCCUACCAUCUACCACACUAAGAGCCUGCUGCAGUACCUUGCACACAUACAAAGGGCACCACUGGUGUUCUGCGACUACCAUGGUCAUUCCAGAAAGAAGAACGUAUUUAUGUACGGCUGCAGCGUGAAGGAGACAGUCUGGCAGUCCAAUAUCAGUGCUACAUCCAGUGACCUACAGGAGGACCUUGGAUACAGGGCACUUCCUAAGAUCCUCUCUCAGAUCGCCCCGGCCUUCAACAUGGCGAGCUGCAGCUUUGUCGUGGAGCGCUCCAAGGAGUCGACCGCCCGCGUUGUUGUAUGGAGAGAGAUAGGAGUACAACGCAGCUACACCAUGGAGAGCACGCUCUGUGGUUGUGACCAGGGCAAAUAUAAGGGUCUUCAAAUUGGUACCAGAGAGCUGGAGGAGAUGGGAGCUCAGUUCUGUGUGGCCCUGCUGAGGCUGAAGAGGCUCACAGGGCUCCGCAACCACCAACACCUGCUGGAUUUGGAGAGCGACAUCAUUGGGACACAGUCUAAAGUGGUCAGCAGCUGCCCCACUACCUAUGUGAUGGAGGAGGAUGAGCCGUCCUUUCUUGAGGCGAUAGACUACAGCGCAGAGAGCAACGAUGAGGACGCUGAGCCUGAAAAUGAGCACGGCAGCGAAGUCCACAAGAAUCCUGAUCACCUCGAUCAGCUGUCGGACUUUGAGACGAAUCACAGGGAUUAACCCUGAGGUGUUCACCUCCCCUAUACCUGGCAGUUCGAGCUUAUAACUAGCCAAUGCUAGGAUUGUUAGCUGAUCCCAAAUACAAAAAAUAAAUAUUCAGAACCCACACUUCUCACUUUGACUGGUGAAUGAAUAGCUUCAAUUUACACCUGACCCUAUUGUAUAGACACUUUAUGAGGGUAUUUAGGCCACACUGGCACCACUCAGGUGCUCUUCUCCCAGAUGAAUUGAUUUUUGGCCUACUGGAGGCUCCUGAAGGUGUGUACUCCAUCUACCUUUCCCUUCAGAUAGGUUCGAUAUAAGCCCUCGGUAAGAAUCAGGAUGGAUUUCAAUGAAUGUUCUCACCUUUCCCCAUCACACUAUAACCUCCACGAACUGUAACCGCUGACCACAGACACCAUAUAGCCUCUGGGAUUCACAUAUAGCUAGCCAGAGCAGCAAACAGCAGGCACCGCCAAUCUUUAACUCGAACCCUUGUCCGCUCGCUCAUUUUUCACAGCCGAUCUCAUAGUAAGCAAAUGACAAGGCUGUGGUAAUGUAAUAGAGCCAGUGGCUUCUGUAGGUACUGUUUUCGAAACCCCUCAUACCUUUGACACUGUUUGAUUAAAACACUUGUGAUUGCAGGAAACUGGAUCUCCCAUACUGACCAGCUUAGAGAUUCAACCCACCUGCCGUCUUAUUGCUUUUCCUUCUUUUCUACAGUCUCAUCCUGCACUUUUUACUCAUUUUGUUGGUUUGGGCCUUCCCUCUUCCUUCCUUCCAUCCUGACAAGCCAAGGUAUUGUUGUCUAAAUCGGAUGCAGGGAUAACCAAACAGCUCCGUAUCUUAGCUUAGCUGCUACUUAACAUCAGUCAUCCCAAGUAUCUCAUGUACUAGAACCUACUCAGACAUGACUACACUUGAGUUAUAAACUCACUCCCUCUCCUCUUUAACCCAUCACUCUUUGGUCACAUUGUGUGUGGGCCGAUAACCCACGUGCUGUUUGCCUUGCUUUAUCCAAAACUGAAACUAUUUAUAUCACUCAAAUGUAGAAUGUUCACGUCUUUAUCAAGACAAACCUUGUACUAUACAUGAAACGCAGAUAUAAACACACACCACAAACUAACUAACACAGGUGCGGUUGAGUUUCUUGGUAACGCACAGUAGCAAAAUAUGAAUAUGGAAUAUAAAAUAUCCACAUGCACUGUUGUUGUUUUCUUUAUUUUUAAUAAUAGAUAGUAUUAUAAUGUUAGUCAAAGCAGUGAUGAAACAAGACGCAUGAGCUGCAGAGAGCAGAACACCCUUUUGCACUUUGGAUAAACACUAUACAUGCAAAACAAAGACAGAAACAAACAAUGAGAACAAAACAUCACUUUACAACAUGUCACAGUUUGCAAACCUCAAAUUCAGUCACCUCAUUAGUUUUUAAGUUCUCAUAGCCCAGCCAAAAGCUGAUGGUAACUUUGCUGUGAUGUUUUAAAAAUUAUACUGGAAUUUUGUUUUCUUUGUAUCCUUGCCUCCAAUGUUAUGUGUACAUUUUGUGAAUUUGCUUAGGAGAGACCCAUGCAUAAAAACAAAUGGUGCUUUGUAAUGAGAGUAUACGGUAGUUUAUUGGCUUUUUUCUUUUUCUGAUCAUGAAGAUGAGGAGAAUUUCUCUUGCAGUUGUACAGCUAGUGCAUGGCUAUUUUCUUUUGUUUUUAUUUUGUAAUUUAUUAAGUAUUGUUUCUGGGAUGCAACCUGUAUGUAUAUGAGGCAUUUUCAGUGUGAGUAUAAGAGUGUGCAUUUGUGUGUGCGUGCGUGUGUGUGUGCGCGCUUGCGUGCGGGCGGGCGGGAGGUUUAAGUUAUUCCAUUAUUCAGUUUAGCUAAUGCUCUUAGAGUGUGUUUCUUCUUUCAAUUUGAUUAUCCCCUCUCACCCUCCUUCACUCUCCCCAAUCAUUUUCUCUCUUUUCUUCCCUCUAAACCUCUUUCAUUCCUCUUUUUCUGACUUUCUCUCAGCUCUACUUCCUUUUCAGAUUUUAGUCAUGAACACCCAUUGCUCUGCGGUGUGUGUGUGUGUGUGUGUGUGU